AUGGGGGCCCGCGAGCUGGAGGCGGCGGUGGAGCUGGCGCCGGGGGAGGCCCGCGGUAGCGGUACAGAGAAAGGGCAUGCAGAUGGUCAGCCUGUGGUGAUCCUUCUAGGUUGGGCAGGCUGCCAGGACAAAUACCUGGCCAAAUACAGCACAAUCUACAGUCAGAAGGGGUGCACCAUCAUCCGCUACACGGCUCCAUGGAGGAUGAUAUUCUUCUCUGAGACCUUUGGCAUCAGAUCCCUCCUCACCCCAGCCAGGCAACUUCUGGAGCUGCUCUUUGACUACAGCAUUGAAAACAGACCGGUUCUUUUUCAUGUUUUUAGCAAUGGUGGUGUCAUGCUGUACCGUUACAUCAUUGAGGCGCUGCACACUCACAAGUCAUUUAAGAACAUCAAAGUAGCAGGCACCAUUUUUGAUAGUGCCCCUGGCAGAAGAAACUUGAGAGGAGGCCUUCGUGCCUUGGCAACUGUCUUGGUAUCCACGAAUGUGCUGCUCAAGUAUUUCCUCUUAUUGGCUUUUGCUACUACAGCUGUCGUGCUGCGGAUCUUGCUGUACCCAUUGACCCGCUUCAUCCACGAGAGCCAUUACGAUGCCCUGCUGAAAGUGCCCUCGCGGUGGCCUGAGCUUUACCUCUAUUCCCAAGCCGAUGCCAUCAUCAAGGCCAGCGAAGUUAAGCACAUGGUUGAUGCCCGGCAGCAGCUCGGUGUCUCUGUGAAAGCUGUAGACUUCUUGGAUUCGGCUCACGUCAGCCAUAUGCGGGCGUAUCCCACCUAUUACAGCAACCUCUGUACGACUUUCCUGUCUGACUGUGUCAGGGGCUCACCUCGUUAGUGAUGUAAUGACCUCCGGUGUUCGCCUCUGCUUUGCUCAGCUUGUAUGGGAAAUGUCACCCCCUUGGCCUUUGUGUCUUUGAAGGGAGGAAAGUAGAGACUUCUUAGCUCCCCGCUGUUGUGUCGUCCCCCCCAUAUCUACGAGCCUGAAAGCCUCCAGGCUGGCCUUUGGGCCAGCCACGUUAUAGCAGAAAGUAGAUAUGGAUUCAUUUAAAGUACUGAAGGUGAAAUCCUAGCAUGGUUGAAGUUGACAUGCUUUACCAAGGUGUCACAGACCAGAAUUUCACAUGAAGGGUUAUUUGUUUCUUCCUGUCUCCUACUGUUCUUGGCUUUCCAUCUUGUCUCCUUGUGCUUAAUGUCCAAUGUGCAUGUUCUGUUGCCUUGUACUGAUUUUACAAUACAGCUCUUUCAUGUCUGUCUUUGUUGGUUUUUUUCCUCUCUGCCAUUUCUUUUAUCUUGCAGUGAGCAAACAGAAGCAGCUCUGCAGGACUUUUCUCUUCUCUCGGUGCAUCUCAGCUCUUGUUAUACUCCUUGCUGGAGAUCAGGCCCAGAAACCAAGUGUAAGACCUGGAAAAGGUAUGUGCAGGGCAGUAUGACCAGGCUGUCAUCUGGUUCCGUUAAAUAGCUGAGAUAGAGCAGUCAAAGCUCUGAUCCUUGGUGAGAGCUCAAAUGUUUGUGAUAAAUCUUUUGGUCGAAGAACACAAAAGUUAAGUUAACCUUUUUGAAUGUGUCUUGUGUUUUGUUUCUCUUCCUUCCAGUCUUUUGUGUGUUCUCCCGAGUAGUUUUGCUUUCUUGGAGAACUGCUCAUUUAUUACUGUGUGUCUUUGAGCAGUCUAUAUUGUGCAUCUGGAAAUGCAGGGAAACUGGCACAGCUGUAACCCAAAAAUCAGACGUCAGAAAUACAAAGGUGGAACUGCAGAGAAAAAUGAAACUGUCUCUUGGAGCUAUGAUUUAUACUGGGUGUUUCUUAAAUCACUUCCAGCCCACAAAUGACCAUGAAAUUCAAUGUUUUUCCCCAUAAUGUUCUCUUCAGAUGAUCAGUCUUUGCUGUCCGUGCAGCAUGUACUAGUAAUACAAGAAAGUAAUUCCUUCCACCUAGUGAAAAAGUAGCUCAUUGCACUGCACUUCAGCCAUGUUUGGUUUUGGGUUUUGUUGUUUAUUUGGGGGAGAAGCAGGGAUAAAGACAGAGGAGAGCCUGCUAAUAUGUUUACGCCAUGUCACAGCGUUGCAAGCUAAUUAAUAAUGUGGUGGACAGGAUUAGCCAACUUUAAAUUCCCAGUCAAAGAUUGCCAGGAACAGGCUCUGGAGGGCUGUGAUAUGGGCCUGUUUGAACAAGGGGCUGCCCUCGAGAGGUAGGAACAUAAAAAGCACGAGGACUUUUGCAGAUGUUUGCUGCCUGUGGGCUGCUGUGCUUGUCUUGCCCACCCUUGGGGUGCUUGUCAUCCACAAUUACAAAGCACUUGCUGUUCUGAAUCGAAACGCAGAGAGGGAGGUCUCUUGGGAAGCACUAAAAUCAUUUGGAAGCUUAAAACAAGAACCGUAACACCUCACAGAAGUGGAAGCACAGGGUGAGUUGUGGUCAGUGGCCAGCACAACUGUUUUCAGCAGGCUAGUAUGGCAACGCUUAUUUAAAGCAAAGAAUAACCCCAUGUUGGGCAUGGUUUUAAAGGGUGGACUGGGGUGUAUAGGAUAGGUGAGA